UCGUCGACAACAACAACAACAACAACACGGAGCAGCAGCAGCAGCAGCGGUUGCGGAGGGAGAGGAAGCCAUAAGAUGAAGAAACGCUAUGUGGACGCGAGCAAGCUACGGAAAAUGAAGAAGCUGAGGCUGACGGAGAAGCUGUCUGAGAGUGCGUACACCUUCCUGAAGUUCAUGAUGAUGUGGACCCUGGUGCUGCUGGCAGACUUCAUCCUUGAAUUCAGACUGGAGUACCUGUGGCCCUGCUGGCUCUUCUUUGGCAGCGUAUACACCACUUUCCACUGCCAUGGCCUGGUGAUUUGUGUUGUUUUUGUGUGUGCUGCCUUCACGCUGGACAUCUUUUGUUUGAUUUUUGUUCCUUUGCACUGGCUGUUCUUUGUGGCCAGCACCUACGUGUUAUUCAAUUACAUAUGGCACACAGAGAAGGGCAUCUGUAUAUCCACAGUGUCCCUGUGGAUUCUGCUCGUGUACACAGAGGCUUCACUUCGACUUAAAGACCUCAAAUCCUCUCACGCCAACCUGUCUCAUCUUUUUGCUGCGCACUGCAUUGGAUAUCCUGUCGUGUACCUGGGCUUUGAUGCCACCUGCUACUUCACCAACAUCUUCAAGCUGCGCAUACAGAAGGCCGUUCAGAGCGAGAACGACUUCCACAUGCACCUGCUGCAGCACUCGCUCCCUCCAGGCCUGCAGGGUCUCCCCAAGACUGGCACAGACGGCAGCAGCGGCUCAAAAUGGAAGACAAAGCCUGAGUCGAGUCAGUAUCAGUGUCAGAACGGUGCCGUUGUGGCUCACGAUGAGGCUCACAUCGUGGACUGCCUCCAGAUCCGCAGCGAGGAGAGAACGCCAGAAAAGGCAGCGCCGGAGGUGAAAUCCACCGAGACAAACCGGCGGACAUUGUCGACGCCGUCGUCGUCGUCCAAACACAGCACCAGUGAGUCCAGGGAUGUGGUCCACAGUGGUGCAGGAGGAGCUGAGUCCUCCACAAGCACAGAACAUCUACCUCAAGAGGAGCAAGGAGGCAAAGGCACGCGGGCGGCCAAAAGCUCCUCGCCAAAGGCGCGCAGAAGCAGCACAAACACUCCUUCUCCACCUGCAACGAGGACCGAGAAGAAACAGAGGUCCUCAAAAACGGUCAGCCCGAACCGGGACGCGACAGACAAGUGUGCCACAGCGACUCAGAACCACAACACUGAGCAGAUCAGCAAGCUGGAGCAGGAGCUGAAGAAGCUGAAGGGCGAGCUGCAGACGAGCAGGCAGAGCGAGCAGGAGCUGCGGAGUCACAUCUGCAACCUAACCAACAGCGAGAGGAGCCUGAGACCUGAGGUUUCCCUGCUCAGACAGUCCAACAUGCUGCUGCAGAGCAAGAUCCUGUGUUUGUCCAAGAACAAGCAGCGGGACAAGCAGAGCAGCGUGAUGCUGGAGAAGAAGAUGAGAGCGGAGACGGAGGCCAGACUCUGUGCUGAGAAGCAGCUGGCCGAACUUCAGGCUCAGAAACUGGAGGAGGCGGCAAACGCAGCACGGAGCCUGACAACCAGGCAGGAACACUGUGAAACCCAAAUGUUAAGGAAAAGGGUUAAAGAUCUAGAGACAGAGUACAAACAACUACAGCUGGAGUAUCAAGUGAAAGAGAAUCGGGUGGUAGAUCUAGAGGGUGAUGUUGAGGCUUUGGGGAAGUACCGCUGUGUGGAGAAAGAGACAGACAUGCUGCUGUCCACUCUGUCAGCCAUGCAGGAGAAAGCUCAGCAUCUGGAGUACAACCUGAGCGCCGAGACCCGCAUCAAACUGGACCUGUUCUCCGCUCUGGGAGACGCACGCAGGCAGCUGGAAAUCGCUCAAGAUAAAAAGUUGAAGCAGGACCGGGAAAUCAGCGAGAUGAAGCAGAAGAUUGCAGAGGUGAUGGCCGUCAGCCCCGGCGUGUCCUACAUGGCUCCUCGGCCUCCGGUGCCGCAGUAUCUCACCAAGUUACUCAACUCUGAGCGCUACAUGCUGAACCCUCGAGCACUGAUGUACCAGUGUCUGAAGAAAUAGACGAACGCCAGGAAGGAGGUUUUCUUAAAAAAAAAAGAAAAGAAAAAAAAACACACAGAUUUUCUGAUCACAGAGCUAAACGACAUCUUCUUCCAGCGUACGAGUGGGAACCAGAACCGAGUCGAAUGCCUUUUAGCCGGCACUGACGGUGCUAAACGUUGACUCUUUUGAUUCUGUACAUUUUCACGUUUUCUCUCUCGACGCCGCUCGAGGACGUGUGAUAUGCAGAGCUGCUGUCGGCCGCAGUUUAACAUGUAAAGAAACAGACCUAACGGUGUAAAUCAUCAGAUGCAACAGA